AUGCCCGGAGCCAUUGGACAACGACCACCUACUGCCGACGACCGUGAUAACGUCGUCUCGGCUUUCUCAGACGAUUCGUCUGUCCUCAGUGAUGCCUCCCACCACGACAGACCUACGAGCAGUAGGCACAGUCUGAGGGCUGAAGCCGAGGACAAAUCCGAUAGUAGGGAUACCCCAUCUGUUGCCGGCGAACGCACCCAUUUCAUGGGAAGAGGUGAUGAUGCAGCACCAGAGGUACAAUUGCCCCGCCUUGCAGCGGCAGCCAAUAUGAACAUAGAUUCUCCUCUGAUCUCCAUUGUACCCGAUCCAGUGGUCACGGCGGGUCCUUCGAGUCUUGGCAAUGCUCAGUACCCUUUCGACCCUUCUUCUUAUGAUGAUGGUAUUGGUUCGUCAGAAGAUGAACAACCACCAGUGAUUGCUCUUCGUAGCCCAGGCUCUCUUCAGCUGGACACGACCACCGGCAGAUUGUAUGAGCCUUAUACGUUCAGGUUCUCAUCAGAGCAGACUGGCAAUGGACAUUCGGACUUACAUCUCAGAGCUCCCCCACAAAGAUCAUACCAGAGUCAUCACGAUUGGAUCGCAGAGAUAGAGCGUUUGGGCGGAGUGUCCCGGGAAUAUCUCGGACCGAGAAUGAGUUUGGAUGAUGCUAUCGCAACCUACAUUACGCCUGGUCAUGAUGAUCGACAGGCAACCCUACGGCAGAUGAUUACCAGCAGUCUGGAGCAGAGUUGGCAAUCUGGUAGACGAUCAUUCAACUUUGCACGUGAUGGCGACGCGUAA